AUGGCCGCGCCUGUGUGCAAGUCGGCCGACUACAAGCUCACCUCCCUGGACGAUAUUGAAUCGAAUACUGCAUAUCUCGGCGACGCAUCGGAAAAGAACUGGGUCUCCAGUGGUGUGCCUGUGGCGUACAAUGAUGAGGCGGUCCUGUUGACCAUGGCGCCGGACACGGUGGGAACACUCCUAAUGAGCACGCAUUAUGUAUGGUACGGCAAGAUGUCCGCGACAAUGACCACCAGCCAAGGACAAGGCGUGGUGACUGCGUUCAUUAUGAUGAGCGAUGUCAAGGACGAGAUUGAUUUCGAGUUUGUUGGCGUGGACCUGGAGUCGGCGCAGAGCAACUACUACUGGCAGGGUGUGACGGACUAUGAUAACGGCAAAGCCCUCACCACCUCCAACACCGUCAGCGAGGCACACACCUAUACUAUCGACUGGCAACCCGAUUACAUCUCAUGGGCCAUCGAUGGCAAGGUCGGCCGCACAGUGCAGAAGAAGGACACCUACAACAGCACCGACAACAAGUACCACUUCCCGCAAACACCGUCUCGUGUUCAGCUCUCCCUUUGGCCUGCUGGUCUUCCUUCCAACGGCAACGGUACGAUAACGUGGGCUGGAGGACUGAUCGACUGGGACAGCCAGUACAUGCAGAACGGCUACUACUACGCCCAAGUCAAGGAAGUGUCAGUGGAGUGCUACGACCCGCCGUCAGACACUACCAAAACUGGCGACGAGGCGUACUACUACCUCAACUCGGAAGGUUUGGAGCAGUCCGUCGCGAUCGGCAACAACAACACCAUCCUCGGCUCUAUGCUGGCAGACGGCGAGAACCCCGACUUCAAGCCCAAGUCCAAGACCUCCGGCGGCUCGAAGCCCACGUCAACACCCGAGACUGUCCCUGGUAUCUCUGGUGGUGGUAGCCAACAGAUUGGAGGGCAGCAGGCCGGCAACGGUGGCAGCGGCAGUGGCAACUCUCCGAGUGGCUCCGCGCCGGCUGAUAGUUCGCCUACUCAAGUAGGUGGGACUACUUCGUUCGAGCAGGGAAAUGGCAGCAUGAGCGAGGCUUCGACGGUGUAUGCGGGCAGCGCGGUGGCAUUGCUGGGCUUCUUCGUUGCUGCGCUGAUGCUGUGA